AUGAUCGCCAUAACCACUAACACAGACCUGAUGAACAACACAGAUCUAAUUUUAAUAUGCAUAUUGGGAAUUGAUUGUGGAAAAACUCCUACUGCAACACGUAAAACAUCAACAACUACAACAACUUCAACAACUACAACAACACCAGCUCCAACAACAACACGCACAACGCCAACAACAACUAGUACAACAACAACGAGCACAACUACAACAAGCACAACAACUACCAGUACAACGACGACAUCAACAUCUACAACAACGACAACAACGACAACAACGACGCCAGCUCCCAAACCAAUUUGUGCAUGUUUAGAUUGUGAAAAACCUAUAUGUACCUUUAAUAGUGUCAAAGAAAUGCAAAAUUGGAAUAAAAAUCAUCCUAAAUGCAAAUGUAAGAAAAUGCAUAUAGAGUGUGCUCCAAACAAUGCUGCAUGA